AUGUCUGUAUCACUAGCUUGGCAGCCAGACAACUUCUGUGGCUUGACCCCUCACCAGCUCGAAGUCCUGUAUGAGCCUAUCAUUCUCGAGUGUGCCUUGCGAGAGGUUGGACCGCCGCCUACUUAUUCACACGAGAGCCAGUCAACCGAAAAGUAUGAAGCGGAAAUGCCAGACCUCAAAGCAUUCCAAUUCUACGUCAACAAACUGGCCCAGGUUUGCGACAACGAGCGCGGUGGGAAUACAAUCAGCGCCCUUGCAAUACUGCAAGGCUCUCUUGGGCCUCAUUACGUAUUUGGGUCGAACAGGAAGGAUGCAAGAGGACUAAAAACGACAAAGAGCUUUGUACAAGUGUUACUAGAUCUUGUGGGGAAGAACCCGGAGAAUUUGCAGAACGGGGCGUUAGUAAAACGAGUGCUUUGGCUCAUACUAGCCUUUAAUCUUCCACGGCUGGCAGAAUACCUGACACAUCUGAGCGCAGCGGUGCAAGAGUGCCUUGAAAGCUGCAAAAGGAAGAAAGAAGACGAAACUUCCGAGCCAACCCAGAGCCUCUUAUCUUUGUUAGACAAGUGUGAGUUCAAUAUAAACUUCUCCAAAUCUAAUACAGAGAAUAAGUCAAUCAGCGACUGUGAAACAUUGAUCAAGGCGAUCAUCAACCUAGAGCAAGCGGAUAUCCACAAAAUGAUCUCACAGAGGGCCAAAGAUGCAGAAAUGACAAGAUCCGAGCCAUGGUGCAAACUCAGGCACUUUCUUGGGCGCUGGUUGUCUUACCGUAAAGCAGCUCUUGCCAUCGUCGCAGUUUCUGAGAGAUGGCCCGAGCUGUUCCUGGAUUUUGAGAUUACUAUGGUGCCAUCUGGUUCACGGCUUCCGAACCCGAUUCUAAGAUCCGAUCUCACGAGCGCAAUCAUCGUGCAAAAUAUAGCUGCGCAAGAAAAAAGCCAAGACUCGCAGCUCCUGCAAGGAACUGAGGGCCUGGAACAAAUCGGCAUUGACGAUAUUAUUCGGGCUUCUCAAACUUCCCGAAACUUUAGACCCUUAUUACAUGCGGAAGUCCUGGUGUAUGAACAUCUUUCGAAGAGUGGACAGACGGCUGUGGAAUGCUACUGGAAUCGCUGGAAUUACAUCGGCAGUAGUAAGCCUACGUGCCGACUAUGCCAUUACUACUUUGAAGCCCUGCAGGAAGACAAGCCGGGCGUUCGCCCGACUCACAAUAACCUGUAUCGAAAUUGGCGACUUCCCGAAUGUGACAACGACGAGAGCCUCGGUAUAGCUCAAGAUGAGCUUCUAAACAAGCUUGCGCAAAGGUUGAGAACGGACGUGAUAGAAACGCUGAAAGAAAAGAAAACUGGGCGGAAAGCAAGAGACUCGAACACCUAUUCGUCUUUUCCAGAUCUUCUACGGAGGGACGAUAACAGCUCUGUAUCUAUCGACAGCCCUGAUAGAGACUCAACUGCAUCGACAGACAAGCAAGAUGAGAGCACAGUACCACUAGAAGACGCAACCGGCACUAUGAAUUUGGGCGACAGUUACAAAUAG